GCAGACCAUCUUCAUGUCGCGCCACUGCCAGAGCCUCUACCCCAGGAUCAUGUUGGCCAAGCUCGAAGAAUUUUUCGAGCGCUGGACGCCGGAUGUUCGCUCUUCCAUCAUGUUCAAUCGUUUUGCUGACUUGGCGGUGUGGUGGGGGCGGCUGUUUGAGGAGAGCGAGUCUGCAAACCAGGCUUUAUGUAACAACUGGAAGAUUGGCUGCAUCCUGAAUCAGCCACAGAGCAGAGGCUUCAUAAAGCUGCAGAGUAGCAACCCGCACGUUCCGCCCCUGGUAAAUCCGAAUUACUUGGCCGACGAUGCAGAUGUAGACACUCUGGUCCUAGCGGUCCGGCAAGCAGUUCGUAUCUUCGACGCUCCGCCGCUGGAUUCACUCCUUCGUUCUGGUCCCUCUGCAUGCUUGGCGGCUCAGAGUGACGAGGGAUCGAUUGCGGAGUUCGUGCGGAAGAACGCAAAGACGACAUGGCACUACUCCUGCACGACCCGCAUGGGCCCUGUCGGCGACCCGAAGUGCGUCUGCGAUACGCGCGGCCACGUUCAGGGGGUUGCCAAUCUACGCGUGGCUGAUGCAGGCUUAAUGCCUGAAAUCGUGAGCGCCAACAUCAAUGCAGCGUGCGUGAUGAUUGGAGACC